AUGACGCACCAACCUUCACCUGUCGUAGUCAAUGGGUCAGGGAGUAUUGACAUCAUUACAAGUCGUCAGAAGCAUGCGGAUGUAUCAUUUCGAAUUGAGAGGGUGUUUCCCAUCCGUAUCGAAACAGAAACAGUUCUUGACACAAACCUCAAUGACUCUGGUGUUGCGAAAACUCAAGAAGCGCCAGAUGAAACGACUUUUGCAGAAGUUCGCGUUGAAGUACCUGAGACUGAAGGUGACAUUAAUCAAAGGCACCCAAAUGUAGUUUUGGCAGAAUCUUGCUUGCCAUUAUCGCCAUCUCAACACCCUUUCAUCACAGCGUCAGUCCAUCAUUUGAUCUCUGAAAGCAAACCCACUCCCAAUCAUGCUAUUAAUGAGAUUGUUCGUCGCUGUGAGGAUGAGCCCAUCCAAAUUCCUGGAUCCAUUCAAAGCUUCGGAGCAUUAUUGGCUCUCGAGGAAAAAGAGGACGGUCGCUUCUUGUGGUACGAAUUGGACUUUAGAGCCAGAAUUGAAUCCAGAAAGCUCUGGCAUCAAAAAGAACAUCUCAAAGCAUAUCCAGAUAUCUUUACCACGAUGCUGGAGUCAACUCCCUAUAUCCCUAUGUAUUGUGCUUUACACUUCCGUGAGGAUGCGGGCUUGUUCAUAUGCGAGUUUGAGGCAAAGAAUGAUUUGAUGACUGACGUCCCUCCGGAGAACUGGAAUCUGCCUGGAGAACAGGUCAAUAUCAUCGAUAACCAAGCUACAGAGGAGGAACGAAUUGUGUCGACCACAAAAUAUAGUGAGCCAUUUCGCACGAUACAGAGGACCAAGAACAGGCUUGGCGAGAUGGAAAUGUUUCAUCUCGGCUGUGAAGUUCAGGAGCAGCUGAAUUCAGCUACUUCCAUAACAUCUCUACUCGACAUAGUUGUUGGUCUUGUCUUUGAUCUGACCGGAUUUCACAGGGUUAUGGCUUACCAGUUUGAUGAAGAUGACGCAGGCUUGGUUAGAGCAGAGUACAUUGAUGAGAGAGCAUCGUUGGAUCUCUAUCGUGGCCUCAAGUUUCCGAAUACCGACAUACCUAUUCAGGCUCGGCAGCUUUAUGCGCUCAACAAGAUAAGACUACUCUAUGAUCGAACGGAAAAGACCGCCAGACUUAUGUCUUCAACCGAAAAAUAUAAUCCUAAAAAUCUCAACCUUUCAUCAGCAUAUUUAAGGGCCAUGUCACCCGUUCACAUCAAAUAUCUGACAAACAUGGGUGUACGGGCUUCAUUCUCCAUCUCUUUGAUUGUAGAAGGUCGAUUAUGGGGUUUAAUCUCAUGUCAUGAUUAUGGCCUAGAAGGAAAAAGGGUUUCAUUCCCAAUGAGGGAGCUCUGCCGAAGUCUAGGAGAUUGUACAAGCAAUAACAUUGAGAAAUUAAUCUACCUCUCUCGAAUACAAGCACGACGGCAUCUCGGAAAAGCACCUCCUAAAACUUCGCCAUCACAAUAUGUUGCUGCUUCAUCGAGAGAUUUAUUGCAAAUGUUUGAAGCAGAUUUUGGGUUCUUGGCCAUUAAGGACGAAGCAAGAACGAUUGGGCGCUUGUAUGCCUACAAUGAAAGUAUUUCUCUACUUCAAUAUAUCCGCAAAAAGUCGCAUACUUCUGUCUUUUACACUCAGAAUAUCUCUGCAGACUGUACAGAUAUUAUGUUUCCCGCGCAUUUUGUUUUGAUCUCAGGAUUUCUUGUGAUUCCAUUGUCUCUUUCAGGAUCAGACUUUUUGGUAUUUUUUCGAAAGGGUCAGCUAAAAGAGGUCAAGUGGGCUGGAAAUCCAAAUGAGAAAAUAUAUAAGCCUGGUACAGAGUAUCUUGAGCCAAGAGCAAGUUUCAAGAGAUGGAGUCAGCAUGUCAUAGGCACUAGUCGGGAAUGGACACGAGAACAAGGUUGGUUUAUCCCACAGCCCGAGCUUAUUGAUGGUUUGAGUCCUGCAGGUGUUCUAAGUGCAUUGUAUGGAAGAUUCAUUGAGGUCUGGAGACAAAAAGAGGCUAUUGUGCAACAGAAUCGAAUGACGCGAUUGUUAAUUCGACAAGCUGGAGCUGAAGUUCGAAACCCCUUGAAUGCUAUAAUUGGUUAUCUCGAGAUAGCACUCGAAGAAGUUCUCGACGACCAAGCCCGUCUCCACCUAGAGAAGUCUUUAGGUGCAUCGAGAUCCCUUAUCUUUGUUGUGAAUGAUCUUCUCAACUUGACAGAGGCGGAAGGAGAAGAUCCUGAAAUGUCACAUGAUAGUGUUGUUUUGGCAGAAAUGAUGAACGAUGUCAUCCGUGAUUUCGGUGAUGAAUGUCAAAAGAAGAGUCUAAAUAUUAGAUUUGCCGAAAUUACGGAUAUUCCUGCAGUGGUAAAAUGUGAUGGCGUGCGUUUGAGACAGAUGAUCACUAAUUUACUCUCAAACACUGUGAAGCAUUCAAUUGCUGGCGACGCGGUUGUUGGAUUGAAGAUGUUGAAUCUGAUGAUGAUAAGACUCGAGUUGAGAUGUUCUUUACUGACAAUGGUUCUGGAUUCACCGAAACUGGACGGCAUAUUCCAAGACUUCGAGAAAGUCCUCGACGACGACGACGAUAUAGACGAACAGCCAUGUCUUAACGGAGAAAAAUCCUCCAUCGGUCUGGGUCUCGCCGUCGCAGCACGAUUCGUCCGACUCAACGACGGCAAAAUAACAAUCAAUACCGAACCCGGCCACGGAACCACCGUCACAGUGUCAAUCCCAUUCCGCAAAUCCGAAGGUGGACAUCACUUCGCUGCCCGAACUCCACGCAAAGAUGCUCCCGCUCUCUCCAUCAGCACUGAAAGCCCCAAUUCCGAAAACGACAUCCAAUGCGGUACCCCCGAAAGAUUCCAAGUCCCUCCUUUCACUCCUCUCAAAGACCCCUUCCUCACCUCCAAAACAGAAAUCAUCGAUUCCCCCUCAUCAAUCCCCACACCCAGCACUUGCUUGCACUCUUCUCCUUCCAUCUCUCACCCCCUCUCCACACCCCUCAAAGACCCCUUCCUUACUUCCACAACCGAAAUCAUCGAUUCUCCCUCAUCAACCCCCACACCCAGCACCUGCUCGCACUCUUCUCCCCCCCUCUCCACAUCCCUCUCCACAUCCCUCUCCACCAAAUCCGUAACCACCAACCCCGAUUACCAACUGCAAUACCCCUUCCCCAUCAUGGAAUUGCCUCCCCAACCCGAGAUCCGCAAUCUCAAUGUCCUCGUCGCGGAAGACAACCCGCUGAAUAGUCGACUUUUAGAAGAACGUCUCAGGAAAAGAGGACACAUGGUGACGGUGAAAAUUAACGGGCAAGCAUGUGCGGAAGCUGUGAUGGCUACACCAGAUGGUUUCGAUAUUAUUUUGAUGGAUAUACAAAUGCCCAUCCUCAACGGCUUCUCCUCCACCACCCUAAUCCGCUCCUUCCUAACCAGCACUUUCCCCGUCCCCCCCAUCUCUCCACGCGCAGCACUCUACGGUCGACUCCCCAUCAUCGCCGUAUCGGCUUCUCUUGAAGAAACAAAAAGAGAUGAGUAUAUUGAUCGUGGUUUCGACGGUUGGAUCCUCAAACCGAUUGAUUUUCGGAUGUUGGAGGAGAUGCUGAAGAGUGUGGAGGAUGGGGGGAGGAGAGAGGGCUUGCUGUAUGGCAGGGAGGGGGUGAAGUGGAGGAAAGGGGGGUGGUUGAGAUUGAGGGGGUGAGGGGGAG